GAAGGAACUCCCAGGAACCAUGAGCAGCGCUGCAUUGCUGACUCACCUCCCAGACCCCAGCAGCAGCUUCAGGGAAGAUGCCCCACGCCCCCCUGUACCAGGGGAAGAAGGAGAGACACCAUGCCAUCUGGCUGCCAGUUUCUUUGCCCUAAAAAACCAAAGCUUCAAGGCCAUGUCUGUUUCUUCCACACCCAGGAGGAAUGAAGAUGGUCUUGGGGAGCCAGAAGGCAGUGCAUCUCCAGACUCUCCUCUCGCCCGAUGGACCAAAUCCUUGCAUUCUUUACUAGGAGAUCAAGAUGGUGCUUAUCUCUUUCGGACCUUCCUGGAAAGGGAGAAAUGUGUGGAUACUUUAGACUUUUGGUUUGCCUGCAAUGGCUUCAGGCAGAUGGACCUUAAGGAUGCCAAAACUUUAAGAGUCGCCAAAGCUAUCUACAAAAGGUACAUUGAGAAUAAUAGCAUUGUUUCCAAGCAACUCAAGCCUGCCACAAAGACCUACAUACGGGAUAAUAUCAAGAAGCAGCAGAUCGAUUCUGUAAUGUUUGAUCAGGCACAGACUGAGAUUCAGACUGUGAUGGAGGAAAAUGCUUACCAGAUGUUUUUGACUUCUGAUAUAUACCUCGAAUAUGUAAGGACUGGGGGAGAAAAUCCUGCUUACAUUAACAGCAAUGGACUGGGCAGCUUGAAAGUGGAUUGUGGCUAUCUCCCUACCUUGAAUGAAGAAGAGGAAUGGAGCUGCGCUGACCUUAAAAACAAACUUUUGCCCUCCAUACUGGGACUGUCCAGUAAGACCUUGAGGGCCACAGCCAGUGUCCGAGCUACAGAAACUGUGGAAAAUGGGUUUAGAUCCUUCAAGAGGAAUGAUCCAGUUCACCCUUAUCAUGUGAAUUCUGGCUACGUCUUUGCUCCUGCUACUAGUGCAAAUGACAGCGAAAUUUCUAGUGAUGCUCUGACUGAUGAUUCUAUGUCAAUGACCGACAGCAGUGUUGAUGGGAUUCCUCCUUACAGAAUCGGGAGCAAGAAGCAGCUCCAGAGGGAAAUGCAUCGUAGCGUCAAGGCCAAUGGGCAAGUUUCUCUACCUCACUUUCCAAGAACCCACCGGCUCCCCAAGGAAAUGACCCCUGUGGAACCCGCCACCUUCGCUGCCGAGCUCAUCUCUCGGUUGGAAAAGCUCAAGCGAGAACAAGAGACCAUGGAUUGCUUGGAAGAGAGGCUGCAGCAAAUCACAGAGGAUGACGAAAAGGAGAUCACUGACACGCCAGUCGCUGCCCAGGGCAACCGAGAGCUUGUAGCCCUGCAACAUCAGCAGCAACCCCUCACGCUCCUUCCCACCGGCAGCUACGAAGACGAUCCUCAGGCCAUUCUGGACGACCACCUGUCCCGCGUGCUUAAGACCCCCGGGUGUCAGUCUCCCGGCAUGGGGCGGCACAGUCCUCGUGCUCGUUCCCCCGACCGACUCCCGGGGGGCAAGUUCCUGUUAGCCACCCCAGGCAAGACUGCCGUGCCCACGGCUUCUUGUGCUCUUCUCAGCAAAGGAUUUGUCACCAAGCAGACCACCAAGCAUGUUCACCAUCACUACAUCCACCACCACACCAUCCCCAAAACGAAAGAGCAGAUAGAAGCUGAGGCAGCCCAGCGGGUCCAAUGCUUGUGUCCCGGGGGCAGUGAUUAUUAUUGCUAUCCAAAAUGUAGAGGACACACGAAGGGGGCGGAUCUUCCUGUCGCUCAGCUGGAGCCAUUUGGCCUCAGCAGAACUGGGACCCUUCCCAAAAGGAACUGUAAGCUCCAGGAUGGCCUCGUCCUGCCAGGGGGAGAAGGAGGUGGUCUUCCUGCCCCACCAGGCAUACCGCUACCCAGUGGGGAAGCCGAUCGCUCCCAGAACGUCUGGCAGUGGAUGUUGGAGAGUGAAAGACAAUCUAAGCACAAGCCCCAUAGCACGCAAAACACAAAGAAGGCCUACAAUUCUGAUUCCACCAGAGGUGCAUCUGGGGAGCGGCCAGCCCGUCAUCACCAGUGGGGCAACAGCAGCCACCCACGGGCUGUGCAGCCUGCCCACCCCUUUGUCCAGGAUCCUGCCAUGCCUCCACUUACUCCACCCAACACACUGGCCCAGCUGGAGGAAGCUUGCCGCAGGCUAGCUGAGGUGUCCAAGCCACAGAAACAACGGUGUUCAACUUCAAAUCAGUUGAGAGAUCGAAACCACUUGGCUUCUGUACCAGGAGGGAAUGGCCCUUUCUGCACGGCGAACACAGCAUCAGAAGAUCACAAAGAACCAAAGAAACUCCCUGUUGUUCACUCCUCCCAGCCUAGUGAGUUGGUUGUCACUUAUUUUUUCUGUGGAGAAGAAAUUCCCUACAGGAGGCUGUUAAAGGCCCCGAGCCUGACACUUGGCCACUUUAAAGAGCAGCUGAGCAAAAAGGGAAAUUAUAGGUAUUACUUCAAAAAAGCAAGUGAUGAGUUUGACUGUGGGGCAGUCUUCGAAGAAAUCUGGGACGAUGAUGCCAUUCUGCCAAUGUAUGACGGCAGAAUUCUCGGAAAAGUUGAGAGGAUUGAUUGACUGGUUCUGAUUGACUGGUUCUGACUGGCAUAGUCUAUGUGAGUGUAUUUAAGAAGAUAUAAGCUACGGAUACUGGCCUUUGGACAUAAAACCACCAAGCAAAGUUUUGAAGGAAGGUUUGAACCCAUGAAGAAGCAACAAAAAACACAAUGAGGUCUAUGAAAACUUUGCCAAAUCAGCCUUAGCAAAAAAGGAAGAAAAAAAAGAUGUGUCUAUUGAGCUGGAUGCCAAGAUGUUAACAACUCUGAACUAUUUAUUAAAAAUAUGGUUGCUCUAGGUGAUUUGAAGAUGCAGAUGAUGUUCUGAGAGACUUGCAUAUAGAGUAUAUGGCUUUCUAAUGAUCCUGUACUUAAUAAUUUAGAAACUGUGUAUAGCUUACCUUAUAAUAAUCUUUAUUGAUAUUUAUUGAACAGGUUUUUCCCAUUAAAUCCAUUUGAUGGAUAUGCUGCUUUAAAAGAUGGAGAAAGGGGGAUGUGAUG